AUGGAGAUUGCACCGGCGCCGCGCCGGAACCCGCGCCGCGGCGAGGAGCGGGUCAUGCUCCGAUGCCGCCGCGUCUACUUAGGCACGGCCCUGCGGCGCGACGUCACGGUCGUCUUCGCGCCGUCCUGCGUCACGAUGGAGUGGCGGAGCGACCAGAGUGGCUUGUACAUCGAGACCAGAAUCGGACCGUCCCAUAUGACCUCGUUCGACAUAUACCACGGCCCGGCGCGCGGCGCGGGCGGCGACGGCGAGGCCAAACCCAUCAACCUCGCGGACGACGACGAAAUGGCGCCGGAUGCGAUCCGCGAAUUUUUCGCCAUCGGCCUGCGCCAGAAGCCGCGGCACCUCCGCUCCGUGGAGGGCUUCGAGCCCAGCGACGACGCGGGGCCGCGCAAGUACGUCGUCGUCGUCCUCGACGGCGAGGCCCUCGCGACCUUUAAGCGCGAGGCGGUGCCGGCCGUCGUCUGGGGCGGUCACGUCGGCUGGCCCGCCGCGCCCGUCCUCGGCACGGCGGCGGCGGCGCGGCCGUUCCUCGAGGGCGUUCCCAUCGCCGACGCGCUCGCCGCCGCCGCCGCCGCAGAGGACGCCGCGGCGUUGCGGCGGACGCCUUCCCGCGCAUCGCGCCGCGGCCGCGCCGCCCGGUCGGUUGUCGACGUCGACAAAGACCGCCGCGUCGCGGACGCCUACAAAUUGCUGGGCGAAGAUUGGAGAGAGGAGUACAACAAGAUCCCCGACCACUGCAAAGCCUUCAGAGAUCGGUUGCAAUUGGUCCCCAAACCACUCAUUAUGAGCGUCGAGUCGCCGCCGAUAGCGUCUGAGGCUUUCAGGGCGGCAUGCACCGUGGGUGACCUCUUUUCCUACUUCCCGCUCGCCAUUAAAAUACGAAUCGGGUCGCUCGUCUCGAAGGAUUUGGUCAAGCACAUCCGCGGGCGGCCCGUCGACGUCACGACGCUGGCAAAAUUUUAUAAACGCGGAGGGUGGUCGAGCGAGCCUAGACGCUUCGACGCCAAGGAAAUCCGCGCGCUGGCGCGGAACCAGGGCUGGCGCGUGAGCGGCAUCUGCCUCUGGCAAGGGGCGACACGGUUGCACAGGCUUCCUUUAGCAAACAUUACCAAUCUCGACUUGGCCGGAUACCCCCACAGCGAGCUCAACGGGACGUGGUACUAUGAUGAGGUGCAUGACCAUGGGCUCACGCUCGACGGCCUCUCCGCGUGCCCGUUGCUCGAGCGGCUCGUCCUUUCGCGGCGAUACUUCGUGCGAGAUAUUACGCCGAUCGGGUCGCUUACGAACCUCGUGGAACUCAAUCUUUUUGAGUGCAUCAAGGUCACGAACUUAUCGCCACUCGCGAACUGCCCGAAGCUCGAGACCCUGGACCUGGGCAUGUGUUUUGAACUUGCGGACGCAGCGCUGCAGCCCCUGGCCUCGAUCACUUCGCUGCGCACCCUCCGCCUGAAUUUUUGUCGUACUAUCACUCGUUUGCCGAAUCUCGAGUCGCUCACGAGCUUGGAGCUCGAGCACUGCGACGGCAUCCAGGACCUCGCGGCCUGCGGGCUCCCCGGGCAAAUUACGACCCUCUCGCUCUGCUGGCGCGCCUGGGAUGAUGGUGAGUGGGGUGGCCCUCGGCGUGGCGUGAACCUUACUGAUCUCGCGCCUCUCACGCGGCUCGAGGGGCUCACUUCUCUCGACCUUAGCUAUGUGAUGCAUAUGGGCAGUUUGGAGCCACUGGCAUUGCUACCGCAUCUGCUGAAGCUAAAUUUGGACGACAUUUCUCCCGGCGGAUACCGUGAUACUAGGAUAAUCGAUUUGGAGCCUCUCGGUCAGAUCGCGACGCUUGUUAAGCUAGACUUGAGGUAUAUGUGCAAGAACGCCGGCCCUGAUGCUUUAGCAUUUGUUCGCAACUUAACUGCAUUAGAGGAAUUAAUUAUCGUGGGUUGUGGCGCUAACGCGGAAGGUGACCGCGGCUACGACUGGAAUUUCAACCACUUGUCCGGGCAUCCGACGCUUCGUCGGUUGAAUAUUAGGAAUCAUGAAUUGACUGACGCGAAAAUCGCCUUUCUGCCGUCGCUGCCCGAGCUCCGGUCUCUUCAUAUGAACCUCCCCGCCACUCUGACGACGCUCGAGGGCACUCUCAUGCGCUGCCCGAAACUUAGGAAAUUGAACUACGACCUCUACUAUUUCGACACGUGGGCGUGA